AUGACAUGUGCCGAAAAUGCAACAUGGGAGAUUGAGCCUUAUUUAGAAGAAAAAUGUUAUCCAUGGUUGUAUCCAAAUGGUAAACAUGGUGAAGCUGAUCCGGAAAGACCUAUAUCGAUAGAUUUACGAGAGUGCUAUAAACAACGCUUGAAAUCUUGUGAUAAUCGAUGGCAGAAAGAUCCAACUUGGAUAUUCAGAGCACGUAAUAUAUUACAAAGACAAGAUUUGUGUAAAUCAGUUAAUUAUCAUGCGAAACGGAAAGAUGUAGAUGGAAAGAUGUGUUAUUUAAUUUAUGCUGGUAAAUAUCGUUUAUUAAUAAUUAAAAUUAUUUAUUUGCUCCACAAUGAAAUAAAUGCUGUCUAUUUAAAUAUGCUAGAUAAAGGAAUGGUGAUUCGUGGUUCUGCAGCAUUUUGGGCGAAGGCAAGGCGUCAUCCUAGAUCUAUGUAUGCAACAUUGGGAAAACCUUUUAUUUUUCUUUCAGAUAAUUUACAAGAUGAUGUCGAAUUUUUAACUAAUAUUGAUUCUGAUAAAUUUGGUUCACCGUGCAAUCCUAAUUGGGAAGCGAUUGAUUCUUUAUCAGAUGAUGAAUAUCUUAUGAUAGUCAAUGAAAAUGCAGCACUUGUAGCACGUAUGUGUAAACGUCGAAUAGCUGGUUUUGGAGAGUAUAUCAAUAACAAGACAUAUCAAUUUCUUAUUGAUUAUGUUGUUUGUUAUUACUUUUUAAAAGUUGAAUUUAAACGAGAUGGAUUGCCACAUUUACAUGUUUUAUUAUGGGUGGAAAAUCCUCCUUCUAUAGAAUCAAGCGAAGGGCGACAAAUAAUACUUGAAUUCGUUGACAAGUUUCUUAUUGCUGAAUUACCUGAUAGAGAUAAGGAGCUACAUCUUUACAAACUAGUUCGUAAAUAUCGAUGGCAUAAACAUACGUUUACUUGUAGUAAAAAUAAAGCUGCUUUCAGAAUUCGAAGAGGAAAAAGUAGUUUAACAUCUGAAGAGAAACUUGAAGUUCAACAAACGCCACAUUCCACGAAUAAUAUGAAUCGAAUUAAUGAAGAUGAAAUAUAUGAAAAAGUUGAUGCAGAUCAUAAUCCAGAUGUGAUACAAACAAAAGUUGAAAAACGAGAGUUUUUUGAACGCUCUAGAUGUCGGUUUGGAAAACCAGAGCCAUUAGCAGCUGAAACACAUUUUCGUAUGCAUAAUGAAGCAAAAAUUUUGACACGUGGUGACCGACACAUCAUCAUGAAAAGAACAACACAAGAAUCACGCCGAAUUAUUCCAUAUAAUUUGAAUUUACUUAAAACAUUUAAAUGCAAUCAUGAUAUUCAAAUUGCAACUGAUUCUUGGGCAGCUGCUGAAUAUCUUUUUUCUUAUAUCAGUAAAGAGGCUCAUAUGGAAAAGGAUCUUGUCCAAAAAUUAGCCGGAUGUGCAUGCACUACUCUUGAAGAAGCAAGAAAAGUUUUAUUAAAAGCAGGAAAUGCUGUUUUAUCACAUAGGCAAAUAGGAAAAAUUGAAGCUGCCUGGGUAUUCCUCUAUACCGAUGUUCGAUGGCUACAAUUCAUUGGGAGAGCAAAAAUUGGUCGAUACGAAAAUUGGUCCAUAAGAAAAUUGACCGAUACGAUAAUUGGUGUAGAAACGUAUAAUAAUAUAGUUAGUUUGUUUUUAUCAAAAAUAGAAACUGAUACUCUUCAGUAG